AUGGCGAUGAGGCGGCGGCUGUGGCGCAUGGGCGGCAGGGUGCUCAACUGCUUCGCCGCGUGCGUGGGCGCCGGGGCCGGCGCCGGCUGCGGCUGCCUUUGCGCGCGGGUGCUGGGGGAUGAGGUGGAGGAGCGGAAGGCCCUGGUGAGCGGGAGCAGCCAGGUGGUGAGGCUCAGCGACCUCAUCGUCGAGCGCACGUCGUCGUCAAGGACGCUGGGCUUCCAUCUGCAGCCCAAGACGGUGGAGCUGAGGGUGUCCAUGCACUGCUACGGCUGCGCCAAGAAAGUUCACAAGCACAUCUCAAAGAUGGAAGGGGUGACGUGGUUCGAGGUGGAUCUGGAGCACAAGAAGGUGGUGGUGACUGGCGAUGUGACGCCGCUGGAAGUGCUGCAGAGUGUCUCCAAGGUCAAGCUCGCCCAGCUCUGGAUGCCACCCCAACCAUGCUAA